AUGCCUCCGAAAAAGAAGGCUCGCGCGUCGACAACGGCCACGCCCGUGAGCAAUGAUGACGCGAUGGACGUCGACACCCCACAGGCGGCGGACACUCCAACUGCAGCUACCGCCAAUUUAGCACAUACGGUCGAUCUAGCCUCACCGUGGACUGAUGAUCAGGUCUCCAUGCUGUUCAAGGCAGUGGUGCGUUGGAAGCCAGCGGGAAUGCACAAACACUUUCGAAUGCUCGCCAUAUCCGAACACCUGCGAACGAAUGGCUACGACCCCGCUGUCUACACCCACAUCCGCAUACCGGGGAUCUGGAAGAAGCUUGACGAGUUCUACAACAUGCCCUUGAUAGACGAGCGGGAGAAUAACAUGGACUUGUUGGAGGACCCCAAUUUCGACGAUCGAUUUAAGGACUUCGAUCUUCCGUGGGAGGACUACGGCGACCUGAUAAUGCAGCGAGCACUGGCAGAUCCCAGCGAGGCGCCAUCGUCGCCAUCAACAGCAGAAAAAUCGCCUGCCUCGACGCGAAAGCGAAAGCGCGGUGGCGCCGGGGAAGGGCCCAAGGGUCGCUCCAGCACGGUCGAAGACUCGGAGGCCGAGGACGAUGGAGACGUUGAAGAGGCCCAGUCUAGUCCAGCAGUGAAGUCGGCACGGAGCGCACGCAGCACGCGCAGCUCCAAACGGGCAGCCUCGAAGGCCAAGGCCAAGGCUGCGGAACACGAGGAAGAAGAAGGCGGCGAUGAUGAAGAGGGCGGAGAUGGAGAUGGAGAGUCCCAUGAGCAGGGGGAGUCCUCCUCCGACGAGGAAAGCGAGGAAGAGCAAGAAGAAGAACACGAGGAGGAGCAGGAGGCAGAGGAGCAGCAAGAAGAGGAAGCUCCAGCGGCGAGGCCCACAAGAGGAGGGCCAGGGAGGGGAAGGAAGCGAGGUCGAGGUCGUGGGAGGGGAGGUCGCGGUCGACGGGGCGGUUAA